AUGCUCUCCCGUGUUGCUGCUGUGAAGGCACCCCGCACACACAACCGUCGCCGCGUGACCGGAUCCAGCGGAAGGAGGGGGGAAGGAGGAGAGAGUGAGCCGCAGAGGCCCAACAUGUCCCGGCGUGUGUUUACCUCCGCGGUGCUGCUUCUUCUCGUCGUGAUGAUGUGCGGCAGUGGAGCUGCUCACGCGGAGAACAGUGCUUCGGGGGCUGAUCCAAAGUUUGAAUGGAAGGACGCCAAUGGUGAUGUAACUGUGGACUCGUUGGGUGUUCCCGGCCUUUUGAAAGUGGGGAGUGGCGUGUUUGCCGUUGCUGAGGCGCAGUGCAAGAAGGGUCAAGACAGCUUUGCUGGCAUUGCAUCCCAACUUGUGACGACAGCAAAGGCUAACGAACCGGAGGAAGUGGUGAAGGAUGUCAAGGAUACACAAUUUUUGAAGGAAGUCACUUCCACAGGGGAGAAGGAAGUAGAUGUGAGCCAACCAACAACAGUUGUGAAGGAAAAUGAUAUUUACAUGCUUGUUGGAAACUACAGCCGGACAGCUGCUACUAAUCCUCAGGAGACUGGUGCCGAUGACUGGGGACUUUUGUUGGUGAAAGGGAAAGUCAGUGGCGAGGGAGGCAACCGAAAAAUCCAAUGGAAUGAGAACCAGCGACUGGUCCGCACUUUCUCCGAGGGCAAUCACGAACACUUGACGCGGCUGAUUGGCGGUGGUGGAUCUGGUAUUAAGACUAAUGACGGCACGCUUGUCUUGCCAGUGGAAGCCACAAAGAAGAAUUUGGGGCAGAGCGAAGUUGUGGGCGGAAAGACUGUCUCACUGCUCAUGUACUCUUCGGAUGCUUCGGAUUGGAAGCUGUCGAAGGGGAUGUCUGCCGAUGGCUGCAGUGAUCCUUCCGUCGUGGAGCGGGAGAAGGGAAUACUCAUGAUGAUGACUGCGUGUGACGAUGGCCGCCGCAGGGUGUACGAGUUUGGUGGCAAGGAGGAUUCGUGGACGGAGGCACUCGGGACACUCUCGCGCGUGUGGAGCAAUCCAAAAGGCACAAACGUGAAGGCGGUUGGAAGCGGGUUCGUCACAGUGACUGUUGGCGAUGAUAAUAAGAGAAGUGUGAUGCUCGUCACUCUGCCGGUGCCUUCUACGGAGAGGGAAAAUGAGGAAAAUGGAAAGGGCGAACUUCAUCUUUGGCUGACGGACAAUGCGCACAUUGUUGAUAUUGGGCCGGUAUCCGGGGAAGCUGAGGACGUUGCCGCCAGCUCCCUGCUGUACAAAAAUGCUGGAAGUGGAGAUACUAAUGAGCAGGAGGAGAAGUUGAUUGCACUGUACGAGAAGAAGAAGGGCGGUGAGGGCAAACCAUCACACAGUCUUUGGUCUGUGCUUCUGACAGCGCAGCUGAGGCGGGUGAAGGAGGUGCUGGCGACGUGGAAGGAAGUGGACGAACGUGUCUCCAAGCUGUGCCUUUUUCCAAUUGUCAAGGAGAGCCCUUCGGCCGUUGCUCAAUGCAGCACCGCCAUGCCGACGGAUGGUCUGGUUGGCUUUUUGUCCGGCAACUUCUCUGAGAACACGUGGAGGGACGAGUACCUCGGGGUGAACGCCACCGUGAAGAGCGGUGUUGGGGCAGCAGGGACUACCGAUGGCGUGAAGUUCACAGGGCGUGGCGCGGGGGCGGAAUGGCCGGUUGGCAAGCAGGGGGAGAAUCAGCUGUACCACUUUGCGAACUACAACUUCACUCUUGUGGCGACGGUGUCUAUCGACGGUGAGCCGAAGAAGGGUCCUGUUCCUUUGAUGGGUGUGCGUGCGGGCAGCGAGGUAGGAAGCAAACUUAUGGAGUUGUCAUACGACAGCGGAAAUAGGUGGCAGGCGCUGUGCGAUGGCGAAAAGACCGCGGAGCACAGCAGCACUUGGGAUUCAGAGGGGACAACACACCAAGUGGCCAUUGUGCUACAGAAAGGCAGCCAGAGCUCCGUGUACGUCGAUGGCCGGUGUGUGUGUGUGGGCGAUGCGCGACGUGGAGUGCAAAAUGAGGCUUUGGAAGAGAUUUCCCACUUCUACAUUGGAGGGGAUGGAGGCAAUGCAGGGAGCCAAGAAGAAGAGGUGCAUGUGACUGUGUCGAACGUCCUGCUGUACAACCGCCCGUUGACUUUUUCUGAUACGUGCGUGGAGGAGGAUACGGUUAUCGAUUCGACAUCGGAAGGUCUGCAGCCAACUGAAGCUGCCUCUCCGUCCGUGGGGGAGGAUAAAACUGCGACGCCUCUUGCAAAGAAAACUCCUGAAGCUCCAGUGGUGCAAUCGGCCUCGCAGCCGUUUAGAAAAGAACGUGAAAAGCAACAACACACAGCUAUGGGUGAAUCUGCCACCACACAGCAAGUGCCGGCGGCACCAUCGCAGGGAAUUGUGGGGAGUGCGGCGGCUUUGAACUCCCAUGCCGCUGGAGGAGCAACGAGUGGUGGCGGGGCAAAUGGUGAUGGCGACACUGUGUGUGAGAGCGGACUGCUGCCGCUGCUUCUUCUGCUGGGGCUGUGGGGGUUUGCGGCUGCGUGA